GCACUGUGAAGAGGCCUUAAUACGCUUUCAGUUACUAAACUCCUACAGUAGUUCGGUCUCUCAGCUGAGGUGGACAGGACAUGGACGUGCAGGAGCAACCAAAAUACGGGACACUGCACUCAACGGAAAUGGACGAGUUUGAAAACACAGAAUCACAGCGCAAUCUAGCGAGCAAUGGUGGCAACACCAAUGCCGAAGUAUGGACGCCGUUCACGGUCAUGGAACGUUACAUCAGGCCCACAUUUGCCGAAUUUUUUGGUGUAAUGUGUUUCGUGUUUAUUGGUUCCAUGAGCAGUGUGGUUGGCUACCCGGGUGGUGGCGACGCAGCCGCUGGUCUGAUUGCAGUGGCGUUGGCGCAUGGCUUUGCUAUCAUUCUUUUCGUCGCUGGAUUUGGUAAUACAAGUGGUGGACAUUUCAAUCCAGCUAUAACACUUGGUAUUAUGAUAUCUCAAGAAAUCAACCUCAUAGUUGGUGUACUGUAUAUUGUAUUCCAAUUACUAGGUGCUAUAGUUGGAGCUGCUAUCGUCAAGGGUGUUCUGACUGAUGCAGUGUAUGACUAUAUCAAUGGUGGAGCAACACUCAAGGGUGAUGCAUACAGUUUAGGUGAAGCUGUUGGCUGUGAAUGGAUACUAACCAUGAUUCUGGUAUCUACUGUAUUGCAGUCAGCUGUAGAUAGCAAACCCAGUGUACUGGCACCCAUGGCUAUAGGUCUGGCUGUAGGUGCAGGUAUCCUGGCAGGUGGAACUGUAUCUGGUGCAUCUAUGAACCCGGCACGUAGUUUUGGACCAGCCGUUGUGUCUGGUAUCUGGACUGACCACUGGAUAUAUUGGGUUGGGCCACCGAUUGGAGGCAUUACAUCGGCUUAGUGUACAAGCUGAUUGUUGCAUCCCCAGACAAGAGAUGGGUUUUGAAAGAAUAACUUAAUAUUCAACAUGAAGGUCACAAGGUCACACAACAACUUCUAUCUCUAACUGCAAUAUUCAAAAGAUUUAUUUUAACCAUAAUAUUAAUAAAACCUUUGACCUUUACAGAAGUGAUUACCCAGAAUCCUUUAGAGGUUAUGUGUAGGAAGAUGGUUGCAAUGAUACUUUUGUAUCAGUAGAUAAUAACAGUGAUAACAAAAUAUAGCUCUUUUUGAAAUUUGUCUGUUAACUUUUUGAUCGCCAUAGUAACCUUUUGUCACUAUUCACAUAAUUAAAUCCGGAAAUGUUUUAUGAAAUGUUUGAUUAAAAUCUGUAGGUACCUCAAAAUUAUAUAAUCAAGCAAAAUACAUGAAAAUUGGCAAAAUGUUAAAUUGUAGUUGAAAAAAUCACAGCAUUCAAAGAUUUAACAGACAGUAUAUUAUUUAUUACGCAUCAUAUUGAGUUGACAGUUUCUUUUUAGGGAUCAGCCCAUGUAUUCUUUCCACAUUAUUAUUAAACUGUGAUGUGAUAUGCCUUGUAAUCUACCAGUAGUGGAUUCAGUAUAAAGUGGUAAUAGAAUCAUCUCUGUAUGGCAAUGUGUAAUAGUAUAGUGGACAAUUUAUUAAAUAAUGGCCAAUUCACCAGCAUUGUUAUUACAAUCUUCGUGCAUUCUGACAGAUUAUUGUGUUGUCUGAUUCACGCAUAAUUUAUGCAGAUCUGGAUUAGCUAAUUUGCAUAUAAUAUAUAUGCAAAUUUAAAUCAUUUGAAUUUGAUCAAGAGAUCAUUUAAUAGUGACCAGCAAUCAACAUAAUGUCAAUAA